AGCCUAUAGCCUUUCGUCUUCCGCCUUUCGCCUUUCUAAGACGACAAGGGAUCGUUCCUGACAGCGGUGCCCCCUGGAUAAACAAACCCUCCGUAUCCGUAUCUUCGUCCUGCCCUCUGUUAUCGGGAAGCCCCGCAGUGGAGAGCAACCUGAGGAGUGGACAGAAAUGUGUGAGGGGGUACCCUGAUUCAUACUGUAUAAAGUGGGAUUCGAUCGAUAUUCGGGCGUCUCCGUUUCCCCUGUGAUACCUGUCUUUAUUAUUUAGGAUUUGCCUUUCUCGUAGGUGGACCUUGGACACCUUAUAAGAUCUAACCCUCUCUCGUUUGCAGAGUCGUUGGCAGAGUCGAAUGCUCUUGACAUCGAAUUUGACCAGCCUCUUCGUCUUCCAACAGCAUGGCGCGGGUCAGAGAUAUGGAUUGGCCUUCACGGCUACCAGAAGAUGAAUGGGCAGAAUUGGUACAAGGUGUGCCUGCUAAAGAUGAACCCUUUAUCAAGCAGUAUGAGACGGGCCGUGAGGCCCUGAUAGCCCAGGAAAAGAAUCAGAGGAGCGAUCAUUCGUUUCGACAAUCGCUCUCCCCUCUUGCGAAAAAAGCCUGUGAAAUUGUCGGUCGUAUUCGAGAGCAUGAACAACGCACCGUAUGGACGGCGGAAUUCGAGAACAGUCUCGCGCAGAAGACAGGCACGAAUGUAUACCCAGGAAUGAUGUUUAGCCUCGCAAAGGAACGCAUGGAGAAAACACAAUUAUGGCAGAUUAUCAGAAAAAUGCCAAAAGGCGCUCUUCUCCAUGCUCACAUGGAUGCCAUGGUUGACUUCGACUUUUUGUUCGCUACACUGCUGGAGACCAAAGGCAUGCACAUAUACAGCUUGACUAGAAUGUCUACUGCACAAGAGCUUGAGGUCGCCCCUGUGAAGUUCCGAUUCUAUGAGUCCGAAAAAGUGAGCGAACAUUCAAUAUGGAGCCCAGACUAUGUUCCAAGUACACCGGUUCUCCUUACAAAGGCAGCUGAUUCUUUUCCGCAUGGAGGCAGACCAGGUUUUCUGAAUUGGCUGAAGCAGCGUUGUACCAUUACAAGUACUGAAUCAAUAGAGCAUCACCACGGAGUCGAUGCUGUUUGGCGGAAAUUCUCUUCUGUCUUCACAAUCCUCAACACUAUAAUAUUCUACGAACCAAUAUUCAGAGCAUUCAUGAGACGAAUGUUGCAGCAGCUGCUCGCUGACGGUGUCAAAUGGGUUGAUCUGAGGCUGUCGUUUACAUUUCGUUAUUACAAAGAAGGCAAAGAGACUCCAGAACCUACGUUUCAUGAGAUGUUUCGGGUAUUCGGUGAAGAGAUUGAGAAUUUCAAGGCUUCCGAGGAAGGAAAGGAGUUCUGGGGAGCAAGAAUGAUCUGGACAGGGAUUCGAGUUCUUGACCAGAGGAAAAUCGUGGAGGACAUGGAUGCAUGUCUCGCUAUCAAGCUAGCGUAUCCUCAUCUGAUCGCUGGCUACGAUUUGGUGGGUCAAGAGGACGCUGGAAGACCUCUCAAAGACCUGCUCCCAGAGCUUUUCUGGUUCCGGAAGCAAUGUGCUCAGGAAGGAGUCGAGAUACCGUUUUUCUUCCACGCCGGGGAGUGCCUAGGCGAUGGUAGCGACACAGACCAGAAUCUAUUCGACGCCGUGCUCCUCGGCACUCGCAGGAUCGGGCACGGUUUCUCACUAUACAAACACCCCCUACUAAUUGACAUGGUCAAGGAAAAGAAGAUCCUCGUCGAGAGUUGCCCAAUCUCUAAUGAGGUUCUUCGCCUAUGUGCAUCGGUCAUGUCCCAUCCACUACCUGCCUUGCUUGCGCGAGGUGUCUCCUGCUCUCUUUGCAACGACGACCCCGCUAUCCUAGGCCAAGAUACUGCUGGUAUGACGCACGACUUCUGGCAGGCUCUGCAAGGAUGGGAUAACCUCGGUCUUGCUGGCUUGGGGGCCCUGGCAGAAAAUAGCGUUCGCUAUGCGGCUUUUGAAGACCAGACGGCCGCCGAUUGGGUCAAAGAUAUCAAAGAGGCUACUCUUGGAAAUGGAGUUAGGGCGGAGAGAAUGAAGCAGUGGUCUAUAGAAUGGGAGAAAUUCUGCUUGUGGAUUGUGACCGAGUUCGGGGAUGAUGAGGAGAGCAUAGGGAAGCAGGAGAAGAGUUGAUAGAUAGACAGUGUUUAGGAUUGGACCAUUCCCAGCGUUGAUGGCGUUUAUAAGGGGGGAUAAGAACAGACCCUAAACGGUCGGUAUGGGGGU